UCGUGAGCUUGCAUCAUCUCUCUUACUUUUGUGGUUUGUGUGUGGGUCCCUUUCACUCGGGUACGACGAAAGAUUUUUUUUCUCCCUCCCACUUACCGGAUGUUUGAGUCACGACUUAGCUCGCUUUCCGUUCCCGAGGGAUGGGACAGGCAACCACCACUACAACCUUAUAAAACUACGGAAUUCGGAUUCAUUUCAACCGGAUAAUCUUCAAGGAUGUGUGUUCCUUUUAUAUGAUAAUUGAUUUAUUUCCUACUCACUUAUAUUGAAACUUGGGGUAAAUCUACCUACAUAUGUAGAACAGAGUACCUUGGUAUUGUCAACUGGUCUUUUUUUUCUUUUGAAUAUGGAGGGCUUGGAACUGAAGGAAGGGUCUGCUUGGUCUUGUCUGAUGAGGUGUGCCUCGUUCACGCGGGUUGAGUCCAUUACUGAUGGUUCUCAUGCUUGAAUGUUUCCAAUAUGCCCUUAAUACCAGUCACUAGAUAUAUCCCCUUGUCACUCUGCUAAAUUAUACCACGUUGCUGUAUCUAGCUGAGUACUUAGGUACCUGGAAAUCGUUCAUACUCAGCUCCAUCUUUCCACUGGCACAGCAUCAUGAGACAAUUAGUCGUGAUACCUACCCAGUAUUGGGAGCAAAAUUCUACACGCGAAGCAUGACUGCUGAUUUUGUUCCAUCAAAACACUUCUUGUCAAAAUGAUCAAUGUCUUCAACGCCCCAGGCGCUCACAAUUGCAAGGGUUUCCGACCAAAUGUAGCAAAAUCGUGAACACUAACAUCGCUUAUCUUAUCGCGAAUCCCUGCAAGAAUUUUCCCACCCCACCACCGCGUCGCAUAGGUAGAGAUUUUUUUGUGCAAGGUCAAUUUCAAACAAAACAAAACAAUCCAACAAACAUGUCUCUCCCGUCAGCAUCUGAAAGCGAUGUCCAGCUCGCUCAGCGCAUAAUUGGCGCCGCAGAGAGACACGAUGUUCCUGCCCUCAAGGUUCUUCUCAAAGAAGGCUCUGCGAAUGUCCAGGACCCCACCGCAACUGUUGCGACAUCUCCACUUCACGCCGCAAUUGCAGCUUGCGGGAAAGCUGAAGAGGGAAAGGAAUUGGAGGAAUCCGCUCUUGAAACUGUUCACUUGUUACUGGAGAAUGGCGCUAUCUGGAACGAUUUGAACAAGGAGGAUGAUACCCCAGGAUGCAUUGCUCUCAAACUAGGACAAACUAAGAUCUACGAGAUGAUGGUCGAAGCCGGUGUUCGCGCGGAAUUGCUUUUCUCGAAGAUGGAGGCUUUAGGUCUGGGAGGCAGCAACGAGGUCGAAAUUGAAGUUGAAGAGGAGGAGACCAGUGAAGAGCAACCUGCUGCUAAAAAGCAGAAGGUAUCCGAAGAGGAGGCGAAACCCGUCGAGACUGUCGACGAGAAAGUUCUUGAUGAUGUUUCUUUGGAUAACAAGGCAUAUCUGAAGAGUCAGCUGAGGUACAAGCCCGGAAUCCUCCUGGACGAGAGCGACAAUGCGGUUAUGAUGGACUGGGAGACUCAGAUUAUGCAACGUCACGCCGAGACGAUCGCCCCGAAGAAGGGCUUGAAGCUCAUGAAUGUAGGCCAUGGUAUGGGUAUUGUGGAUACGGCUAUUCAGACCCACGAGCCCUCUGAGCAUCACAUCAUUGAAGCGCACCCGCAAGUGCACCAGCGUUUGAGAGAGCAAGGCUGGUACGAUAAGCCCAAUGUCAUCAUCCACGAAGGAAGAUGGCAAGACAUUCUCCCCAAGUUGGUGGAGCAGGGCGUUGUUCUUGACGGUAUCUACUACGACACUUUCGCCGAGGACUACAACGCGUUGAAAGAGUUCUUUGCGGAGUACGUUAUCCAGUUGCUCGCCCCCAAGGGAAUAUUCGGGUGGUACAACGGUCUUGGUGCGGACCGACAAAUCUGCUAUGACGUUUACACAAAGGUAGCGGAAAUGGACCUCUACGAGGCUGGCUUUGACACAGUAUGGGAGGACAUCCAAGUCCCACCAACGCUCAAAGGUAGCAAAGAGUGGGAUGGCACGAGGCGACCAUACUGGACUAUUGAUGUUUACCGACUACCCGUCAACACUUUCGUGAAAUAA